CAGAGUAUACCGCAGACAUCAUUUCUACUACAGUGGCGGAGCCGUACAGGACCUGUUUCACUGCAGGGGGAUCCAAAACAAGCCCUGUGGAGCCGCAGCUAGAGCUACAGCAGCCGCAGGACACUGUGUCUCUCCCUCUGUCCCCCCUUCCCCACGCAACCCCAGAUCCAUUUACACUUUACAAAGCAUCGUGCGCCCCAAAACAAGUCAUCAGGGCAGACCGUUCAAGCUGCAGACCUGUCUGCCAUCCUUGGCCAAGAGUCUCUUCAUCCUCCUACGCCACCUCCUUCUGCAGGGAAUGCCUCCCGUGCCAGCAUACUGGAGGAGCAUGAAAGAAUCUGUGGAGAAGCUUCAGAAGUAGGGUUCCUAUAGACCCUGAGCAAACCAGAGUGGACUCCAGCCUGCGCAAAUGAGCUUGAAACAGGAAUGGUUUGGGGUCCGGGCCUCUUACACUGAAUUUCUGUUUCUCUACUGCCACUCUUUCUGCUCAAGCAAACUCUUCAAGGAAAGAUCUGCUGGGAAGGGAGCGGCCGCCUGUGGCUUUGCACUGUGAUGAAAGCAAAUGGUACAGUUUUCCAAAGAAAUUAGACCAAAACUUUCUUCUUGAGAAGAAACCAACCUGCUGUUGGCAGAGGGUAUUUCUCCUCUUCUCUGUGAAAGGAAGAAAGACAACACCAGAACCCGUGGCCCAGCAGCCGAGGGACGUUUCCAUGGUGAAGUCUCGGGGAGGCUUCCUGGGAGCAGAGCACAGUGGAUGCUAAUCCGGAGCUGCUACUGCCAGCCGAGCGAACCCACGGGGAGAUGAUUCCUCAUGAAGGGCCUGGAUCCCCUACAGAAAUCCCAUGCGACUCUCUGUUUAUCAGACUGAAAUCCGAGCCAGCCAGCCAGUGAAACAGCCACCGUGGAGGGGGGACGGCGAAAAAUGAAAUCCAACCAAGAGCGGAGCAAUGAAUGCCUGCCUCCCAAGAAACGUGAGAUCCCCGCCACCAGCCGGCCCUCUGAGGAGAAGGCCACCGCUCUGCCCAGCGACAACCACUGCGUGGAGGGUGUGGCAUGGCUCCCCAGCACCCCUGGCAGCCGCGGCCACGGGGGUGGGCGGCAUGGGCCAGCAGGGACUUCCGGGGAGCUUGGUUUACAAGGAAUGGGUUUACAUAAAGCACUGUCCGCAGGGUUGGACUACUCCCCACCCAGUGCCCCCAGGUCAGUCCCCACAGCCACCACGCUGCCCACGGUGUACCCGCCUCCUCAAUCGGGGACCCCGGUGUCUCCCGUGCAGUACGCCCACCUGUCACACACCUUCCAGUUCAUUGGCUCCUCCCAAUACAGUGGGCCCUACGCUGGCUUUAUCCCUUCCCAGCUAAUCUCCCCGUCGGGCAACCCGGUCACCAGUUCAGUGGCCUCAGCUGCAGGGGCCACCACUCCAUCACAGCGCUCCCAGCUGGAGGCCUAUUCCACCCUGCUGGCCAACAUGGGCAGUCUGAGCCAGGCACCAGGACAUAAGGUUGAGCCCCCACCACAGCAGCACCUCAGCCGGGCUGCUGCGGGGCUGGUCACCCCGGGGUCCCCUCCACCCACCCAGCAGAACCAGUAUAUUCACAUUUCCAGCUCUCCGCAGAGCUCUGGGCGGGCAGCAUCUCCUCCCCCGAUCCCGGUCCACCUGCAUCCCCAUCAGACGAUGAUCCCGCACACGCUCACCCUGGGGCCCUCGUCCCAGGUGGUCGUUCAGUACAGCGACGCUGGAGGCCACUUUGUUCCUAGAGAGUCCACCAAAAAAGCAGAAAGCAGCAGGUUGCAGCAGGCUAUGCAGGCCAAGGAGGUCCUGAAUGGGGAGAUGGAGAAGGGUCGGAGGUAUGGGGCACCAUCCUCUGUGGAGCUGAGCCUGGGCAAGGCAAGCGGCAAGUCAGUGCCUCAUCCCUAUGAGUCCCGGCACGUGGUGGUCCACCCGAGCCCAUCAGACUACAGCAGUCGUGAUACCUCUGGGGUCCGUGGAUCUGUGAUGGUCCUGCCCAACAGCAACACCCCCUCAGCCGACCUGGAGACGCAGCAGGCCGCACAUCGAGAGGCCUCUCCAUCCACCCUCAACGACAAGAGCGGCCUGCAUUUAGGGAAGGCCAGCCACAGGUCCUACGCACUGUCCCCCCACACGGUCAUUCAGACCACUCACAGUGCAUCAGAGCCUCUCCCGGUGGGCCUGCCAGCCACAGCCUUCUAUGCUGGGACUCAACCUCCUGUCAUCGGCUACCUGAGUGGCCAGCAGCAAGCAAUUACCUAUGCCGGCAGCCUGCCUCAGCACCUGGUGAUCCCAGGCACCCAGCCUCUGCUCAUCCCAGUGGGCAGCCCUGACAUGGACACACCUGGGGCAGCCUCGGCCAUAGUCACAUCAUCGCCCCAGUUUGCUGCAGUGCCUCACACGUUUGUCACCACCGCUCUGCCCAAGAGUGAGAACUUCAACCCCGAGGCUCUGGUCACCCAGGCCGCCUACCCAGCCAUGGUGCAGGCCCAGAUACAUCUGCCGGUGGUGCAGUCGGUGGCGUCCCCUGCCACGGCGCCACCCACGCUGCCGCCAUAUUUCAUGAAAGGCUCGAUCAUCCAACUGGCCAAUGGGGAGCUGAAAAAGGUGGAGGACCUGAAGACGGAGGACUUCAUCCAGAGUGCAGAGAUUAGCAAUGACCUCAAGAUCGACUCCAGCACGGUGGAGAGGAUUGAGGAUAGUCACAGUCCCGGAGUGGCCGUGAUACAAUUUGCUGUUGGUGAACAUCGAGCCCAGGUCAGUGUUGAAGUUUUGGUAGAGUAUCCUUUUUUUGUGUUUGGACAGGGCUGGUCGUCCUGCCGGCCUGAGCGAACCAGCCAGCUCUUCGAUCUGCCGUGCUCCAAACUCUCCGUUGGGGAUGUCUGCAUCUCGCUCACCCUCAAGAACCUGAAGAAUGGCUCUGUUAAAAAGGGCCAGCCUGUGGACCCUGCCAGCGUCCUGCUGAAGCACGCAACGACGGACAGUCUGGCUGGCAGCAGACACAGAUAUGCUGAGCAAGAAAACGGAAUCAACCAGGGAGGCCCCCAGGUGCUCUCUGAGAAUGGUGAACUGAAGUUUCCAGAAAAGAUUGGAUUGCCUGCAGCACCCUUCCUCACCAAAAUAGAACCGAGCAAGCCCACAGCCACAAGGAAGAGGAGGUGGUCGGCCCCGGAGACCCGCAAACUGGAGAAGUCGGAGGACGAGCCACCUUUGACUCUUCCCAAGCCUUCGCUCAUUCCUCAGGAGGUUAAAAUCUGCAUCGAAGGCCGAUCUAAUGUGGGCAAGUAGAGACCGUGCCGGCAGCGGAGGCCUGGGCCUCCCUUGCUGUCUGUAUCCCAAUUACUGUACUGUAGGCUAAAUAACACAGUAUUUACAUGUUAUCCUAUUACUUUAGGUUUGUGUUCUAACCUUGUCAUUAGAGUCACACAGGUAUGUCGCAGGAGACUGGUGCAUUUGCAUUGUCUGUGAGUGUCUGUUGAGGAGCUGGCGGGGUGAAGGGUGGUUAGAACCGUAGCCGUGGAGCUCCCGGGCAUCCUAGGUGGCCCUGAAUGUGGCUUGAUCGGCACCUGCCUUCUCCAGCAGCACAGAGCCAAGGGGCAUCAGUUCUCACUGGUUUCAAGAGCAAAUUCAGUGGGAAGUGACCUGCAAGGGUGUCUGGGUGUGCCCCUGUGAAGGGGCGCAUGGGUGCCAUGGUGGCGAGUGACGGUCUCUCUUUCUCUGCCUCCCUUUCCCAUGCUUGCUCACUCUCGGCAUGGGAUUGGGGGACCUGGGUUUCCUACAUGCAAAGUCAUCCUCAGGAACCCAGCUUCAGGGCAUCAUGGGGAGGCGUCAGAUGACAGAUAGGAAACUAGUUUCAAAGAACGUGGUUCUCUCCAACAUAUUUUACAAUAAAAAGCAACUUUUAAUCAUAUAUAUAUAUAUAAAUAUUUCCCCCCAUGGGGCCUGACUGCACUGAGAUUUUUUUUUUUAAAGCAGCUGCCACACGUGGGAUUUCAUUUCUGCUUUACCAGUCCAGUGACUCAGUGACGUCACCAGGUGUCAUGGUGGGCAGGGAAGUCCUUGCUCAGGUCACCCCUGGUCAGGGGGGUGGCAGUGGGGCUGGGGGACAGAAGGAGUACCCCACACUGAUUUCUGUGCAGUGUUAGGAAAACCAAUCAGGUUAUUUGCAUUGACUUUUGCUCCCAGGAAGAAAAUGCGAGCUCCCCUCCAGAGAGAGCCAGGCAGCUCUCGGAGCUGAGCCGGGCAGCUUCUUCUCCGUCUUUUAGGUCUAGUACUGUUUCUAGUUCAUGACUAUGGACAACUCCGGUGCCACUUUCUUUUUUUCUCAAUCCCAGUGUGACGUGGAGAAUUAGAUCUGGAAGACGCACACCUGUUACUAUUCUUCAGCUGUCAAAAGUGCUGUGUGCAGACUUUUCUUAACCAAACACCUUGGUCUGUCAGUCAGCGAGAGUACUGUAUCUAACUUGAAACUCUUUGGCAAGAAAAGACAAACCUAAGUUGCUUUUGGGUUUUUUUUUUCAACACUGUAACUACUUUUCAGCUCUGCAGGACUGCCCACGAGCCAGAAAAGCUCCCGUCUGGUGUAAAGGGAUGAGUGUGAAUGUGAGUGUGAACUAUGAACUAGUACGUGACAGUAGAUGACCAUCAAGUACUACAGCAGGCACUUGUCACUUUGGUGUUGGAGAAAGAGCUAAAGGCACAUGCAGAGUUGGCAGAGAAACUGGGAAAACACAGGGAGGAAAAGACACUCGUUUUUGUCCAGUGUUUUUAGGGUGAGCUCCUAAAGAACUUUGCGAUUUGCACAUCUUGAGAUUUUAGUUUGUGUGAUAUUCCUGCAGUUUUUAUCCAAUAACGUUGUGGGAAAGUUUGGGGGGGGGUCGAAUGAGCAUAAAUAAAUGUAGCAAAAUUACUUUCUAACCUGCCUAGACCCUAGGCCAUUCUUAGAAGGUUUCUGUUCCUUUCAGGGUCAUUUUGUCACCUGCCACAUCUGUCAUGAGAAGCCAGGUCUGAGAGUUUUUUUUUUUUUUCAGAAUCACUGAGAGUUUCCCAUAUAGACAUUUUAUAUAUGUGAGCAAGUGGGUUUUUUGUUUGUUUAUUUCUGGGGGAAAAGUGUUAAUAUUAUUUUUCAGAAUGAUUUUUUUUUCUAUUUGAAAUCAAACCAAGAUUUAAUGUUUGGUACAAAAACCCAGAAAGGGUGUUUCAUGAAGUCACAGGUUUUCAUUCCCAGAGAUCAAAGUAUCAUUUGCAGGUUCUGAGUGUGUCUUAAAGUGCUUUAAACCAAGUUUUAUAAAUAGAAGAUUUUAAAUAUUCUUACUUGGUUGCAACUAACCCAAGUAAGUACUUAUUUGGCUUUUCUUUUAACCAUCGAAAAACAAAAAGGACUUCUAGUUCUCAAAUUAGAAAAAAAAGAGACCUUUUCUCCCUUAUACAACCCAAAUGUUGGCUAUCCAGUCUGCACUCACACAGAGGCUCUCAUUGUGACUGAUGGUUUUUGUUUUUGUUUUUGUUUUUGUUUUUUUUUUCUGGGAUGUACCAAAAACCUUUGAGUAAGUUCAGAAUAGCUGGCCUCUCCCUAAACUUCAUUACCCUCCCAGCAUCUAGCAGAGCUGGGCGGGCCCAUUCUUGCAGUCACAUUGCUUAGUUAGUGCUGUGAUUUUUUUUUUUAAUGUUUCUUUUCAGAGACCUUGCUUAAUCUUCCAUAUAUUCUGCUCAGGGCACUUGCACUUAUUAGGGUUUUUUUUUUUCCUUUUUUAUUGUUUGUCUUGUUUUAAUCUUUGAUGGUAAGAGGAAUAGGAGGCCGUCACAGGGGUGCACUAAUUACAGCAGCUCAGAAAACACAUCCAUCACUUUCUGGCUUACUUCGGGUAUUGAACUGACUGUCUUCACUAAACCGACACUAAAAUAGGUAAACACACAGUUCAGAGCAAUAGGAAUAUCAUAACUUUUGUGGUUCUAUUUCAGGUAUAGGAACUUUAAAAAAUCAUUGGUCCUUCUAAAGCAUUUGUCCCGUUUCACUCGCUCAUUCUCUUAGCAUGUGCAAUACUUUGUGUGCCAAUAGUGAGCUAUCUAGUUAAAGUUCAUUCCCUUUGGGCUUUUUUCCUUGUUCUGUGGGUCGACCUUCCUUCCCCUUGCUGACCAGAGAAACGCUGGAGGGAAGGAGCCAGGAGAGGCGAGCCCGCUUGCUUUCCCUUAAUGUGGAUACAGAGUACUGGGGUAGGGGAGCUGUAUCUGUCACCAGGACAUAGCGCCAUCCAUCCAAGGAGACCAGAGGGAAGCGCGCUGGCUCGCUGAGAAGGCCCAUCACUCUGCACUCUGCACUCUGCGAAGGCCCUUCACUCUAUAGUGAACCUGGAAUGCGCCAAGGAGGCGGAUGGUUCCUAGAACACGCUCUGGAGCAGUGUGGGCUGCAAUCAGCCCGCUUUUCAGUCUCUUCCGGGUCCUUGAGACUUUGCUCUCUGCCUUUGAGCGCCAACAACUUACUGCCUAUGUGCAAAUGUGCGUGUGUUCUGAGCUUGCCCACCGGUGGCUUUGGAGGGGACCACCUGGCAACCACAGCCACCAUUUCCUUGUGACAGCUUUCUCCUCAAAUAGGAAGAACACUCAGAGGCAGGAGCCACCUCUGGUUUGCAGACACGGGUGGGGCCCGCCAGACUCCUGAAGCAGCUGCGGUCACCCUUCCGUGUAGGGAGCACAGUCACGGCUGUGCCAUCAGCAUACAAGGAUCAGCUACGCGCCUCUCUGUACCUGUCCUCUUGGCAAUAUUUUACCAACAGUUGUCUUUCAUUCUCUCCUCCUGCUUUCCAUUUUUUUAAAAAACAAAUAACAGCAGGCCUUUUGCGUUUACAGUGGAACACACAAUCACCAAGAAAUGAGUCAGGGCGACAAGAAAACAUAGUAAUAUUACUAAUAAGAAACCAACAAACAAGAACCUCUCUUUAUAGGGAUUUCUAAAUAUAUAAAAUGACUGUUCCUUAGAAUGUUUAACUUUAGAAUUAUUUCAGUUUGUCUGGGCCACCUUGGGGUCAGCAGGGGUGGGGUUGGAAAGAGAAGGCCAUGGAUGCCACUUACCUCAAAUUUUUUUAGAAGUGGAAAUCCAAAUUGCAUUUUUUUGGGGGGACGGGGCUUGCAGGAUAGUUGUCUAUGUUGGUCACAUUUUGCUUUUCUCAGUUCUUCCAGCUCAGUUUGGGAUGGCCUGAUUUUUUUUAUGGUGGUGGCGGCAGCAGAACGUCCUUAACUCUGAAUUCUGACCUUGUAUGUUUUCUGUUAGGUGAGCUUGUUGGGUUCCUCCCCUCCUCCCCUUACCCCCACCAGGAAGUGGCAGUGUCCUUCCUGCUCCUUUGCAAGGAACUCUGCGGAACCUUUCACACCUCUUACUCAGGGAUGGGGCUGGUGUGUGUGUGUGGAACACGGACGUGUUCAGCAACAGCACUUUGGACUGCUCUGGAGUAGGGUUGUACAAUUUCAAGGAAUGUUUGGAUCUCCCCGCAUCGUGUGGAUUGCUCCUUGGCUACUGCACAGAUUGCAAUACAAUGCUGCGCGUUCAAGACGAACAGUAGCUCCUAGUGAUCAGAAAAUCCACUCUUUGCACAUAGUUUGAUCUUUACUGAAAUAUGUUGCCAAAAUCUGUUUUUGUUGUAGCUUUGGGUUUUUCUUUUCUUUUUUUUUUUUUUAAGGAAACAAUUGACAAUACCCUUUAACAUCUGUGACUACUAAGGAAACCUGUUUUGUAGAUGCUUUUGAAGACACUAACACCUAUUUCAGACAUGGGUGAGGAGGCAGAGCUCUUGGGAUAGAAAGCCAGAUUUUUUGAGCUGUGUUGGUUGGCAUGGCGACUGUUUCCUGAGCCACAAGCCGCUCAACAAACUGGUCUGUUCUCUCCUGGAAACCCUCUGCCCUUCCAAAAUUUCCUAGUCGGUCCCCUUGGACGUCAGGGGAAUGCAGGGCCCUGUUCUCCCAGGCCCAAUCUAGUUUCUUUGGUGGUUGAGAUGAAAGGCAAGAGAAUUAUACUUUAUUUUCUGAAAGUGGAGCAAAGGACUUUGCUUCCAUGGUUGUGUUUUGAACCCAGAAUUUCUGAAAUAGAGAAUUUAAAGACAAAUGGAGUAAUAACUAUAAAGAAUCUACUUUUUUAUAAAGCACAUGCAUAUGACCUGUUGCGUUGGGUUGGGUUCCUCCCUUUUCCAUGGACAGUGCUGUGUUUCUGUUCCUAUGGCAACUCCAAACAGUUUGCACAUCUUCUACUCUGGAGCUGAGAUUCCUCUCACAUAGAUGACCUCGCUUCAAACGUUACCUUACUUACUGAUAGGCUUUUUUUCUUGUAGCACUAUACCUUGUGGGAAGUUAUUUCUUUUCUUUCUUUAAAGUACACCUAAUUUGAGCAGCCAAAGGGGGGUGGGGGAUGGGAGGUUUUUUUUUUUUUUUUUUGAGGCACUCACUUUGGGGAGUACAGAUAUUUUUUUUUAAUUGCACAAAAGAAAAAUGAAUGUUGAGAUGAUUUUCAGUGUUUGAAAGAGACAGAUCUGUUGAAACCGUGAGUUUCAUAUUUUGUGUGUAAAAAAAAAAACAGGAGGGAUGAAAGUUACAUGUUUUGGGGUUUUUUCUUGUAUAUAGGAAUUUGUCGUCUUGAUGAUCCAAUUUGUAUGGUUAUGGCCUGGAAGAAUUACAACGUCAGAGGCUCUUCAACUAUACUAUACCUAUGCUUACUGUUCUGUUUUUGUUACAUGCGGUUCUUGUGUGAAGAAUGGGCAAGUGUAUUCCACUAUUUGAGGAUACUGUCCAUUCCUAGGCCGGAAGUACUUCUCUAAGUUCCCUUCUUAAGCCAUUGCAACUUCUUUUCUUUGGAUGAUGUCUGACAUUUUCAGCACUUCCUGUUCCUAUAAACCCAAAGAAUAUAAUCCUGAACAUGAAGUGUUUCUAUAAGGGAUCCUCCUUCCCAGUAAGACAGGACUCACAUAGGGACAAAAAGAAAAAGAAAAGGAGCUUUCCUUCUGCCUCCCACCCCAUGCCUCAUUUACAUGGGGGUAAAAACAUCAAUUCCAAUUUGAAUGCCUGGCUUUCAUUUGGAUGUUUGUCAAGCAGAGGCCAGAGAAAAGGCAGAGCGGUUUGUCAGAGUUAGAUUCCUGUUCAACAGUUGAGCUGGGUGCUUCAAAUCGGACAGUUUAGGGGGUAAACAGACCCUAGCUUUGAUUCUUAAAUUUGGAGUUGGGUCCCCUCCCGUACUGUGUAAGUUCUUAUAGCUGACACUCUCCUUGACAGAGGCAGAAGAGGGGACAGAGGCUUCAGCACUUUGUAUCCCAACUCUUGCAUACAGGAGCUUCGCCUGUAUUCCGAUGCCAUGAGUUUGGACAUUAGGUAGCAUCUACACAAAUCAGUCUACAAGAGCUUCCCUAACACUGUUGAGCUGCAGAACACCUGGAGAAUGCCAUCCACUCAAUGUUUUCCUGUUCCUUUGCUGUCUGGAUGGGCAGUCUGAAGGCCUGUGUGGGAAGAAGCACUGUUUACAGUAACCCUUACCGAGAUAACGCACUGUCCCCUAGACUACCCAGCUGAGGUGACACUGGCUUAGAACUGUUGUCUUGAAAGAUCCGUUACCAAGACGGAUGGUGCCUAGGUUUCUCUUGGUUCUUACCCACGCCACCUACUCUGAAGUUAUUCUCUAGACCAAGAGUGGUCUAGAGAAAUGUUGAGUCAGUGAGGCAUAACCCUGACAACCCACCAGGGGUCCUGGUCCUACUCUGUGACUACUGCCCCUCCCCCACCUGCACCGCUCAAGUGUAAUCCCUGGUGGUGCUGACUGAAAGGGGUCGCAGCGGAGUCCUGUCCGUAUUUGUGGUGGCCUUUCAAUAAGACAGUCUUUCAUCUCUAACCAGUAGAGUCCUGGCCCUAAAGGACCUGAGAUCUGAACCAGCGAAGGUUUUCACAUCAGGUUCCCAAACCCUCCCGUUUCCAUUCAUAUGCCUCCCACAGGCCAAGGGGAAACAGACACCAAAACUUGGGCUGAGGGUACUACCAUGUGGAGAACUAGGGAAAAAAAAAGUUUUUUGCACCUUAUUGAAAAGAAACUUUUAAGUGCAUACAUAGUUAAGAGCUUUUAUUGUGACAGGAGAACUUUUCCAUAUGCGUGCAUACUCUCUCUGUAAUUCCAGUGUAAAAUGUUGUACUUGCACUAGCUUUUUUAAAACAAAUAUUAAAAAAAUGGAAGAAUUCAUAUUCUAUUUUCUAAUCGUGGUGUGUCUAUUUGUAGGAUACACUCGAGUCUGUUUAUUGAAUUUUAUGGUCCCUUUCUUUGAUGGUGCUUGCAGGUUUUCUAGGUAGAAAUUAUUUCAUUAUUAUAAUAAAACAAUGUUUGAUUCAAAAUUUGAACAAAAUUGUUUUAAAUAAAUCGUCUGUAUACCAGUACAAGUUUAUUGUAUAAUACUCGUACUAAUAAUAAAAUAACAGUGCCAAUUGCAAACCUGGGUCUUUGUCUUCUCUUGGGUCCCUAACAGAAACCGUGGCUGAGAGAGAACUGCGUGGGUUCCUCCUCACUGCCUCUGCCCUGUCACCUCAGUUCACCCUGGGGAGACCGGCGGCGGGGCAGUCAUGUGAGGCGUGGAUGUCCCUAAUCUGCAUCUCCUAUCUGCUCACCGUUCUAGGUUUUUCUUCUCAAAUGGCUGGCAGCUUUGCACCUUCUGUGACAUUAUCAAUGCAGGCUCUGCAGCUUUGCUCCAACUGGUAAGUGACCUGGAGUUUGAGGAGUGUGUUUCCCCCACGGUGCGUGCCUCAUGGAAACCUGCGGAGCAAGUCUUCUGGCACAAGAAGCCACUUCGAUGGUUGUCUCGAGAAGACCGUGCACAGGUUGGUGUUGGGCUCAGUUUUGGAAAGAUGUGGCUCAGCAGUUGCCUAGGUAAGUCAUGCCUCCAGGAGCAGCCACCCCCAGGUAUGUCCUGUCCUGCUCCCAUCCACACCCGUGCCUAUGGACUUCUUCUGAUUGAAAUCUGAGCUCACACCGGGGAGAAAGAGAAUGCCAGAAAUAGGUCAGAGUUCUCACGUGGCUGGGGAAGAAUGGGAGCUCUUUGCUUCGGCUUUCUUCUUGGUUCUUCUUUGACCUAUCCAAUUAGGACUCAUCCCAGCAAACCAGGCCUCACAGCAGCAUGUAGCCCCCGAAACAAGGAUUUGGGGUUCUCCAUACUGUAUUUUAGUGUGUGGUGGUGGAGGGGGAACUUUCAUGCCAGGAAGCCUCAAGGGACCAGACUAGAAAGAAGAGCUGUUCCUGGUGUAUGGUGCGGGCAAGCCCUCUGCUCACUUGAUGAGAUAACGAGAGACUGCUUGUGGCUAAGAGAACGCAAAAGGCUGAAUAGGAAAAACACACAGCUUGCUGCUGUGUUAACUCUGAGGCAUGCCUCGAAACUCGAAGAAGCAUUGCACCAGCCUGAGACCAAAGGUACCACGUUCCCGCUUCCCUACUCUAGGGUUGUGCUUGCCUUUCCAAAGAAGAUGCUCCCUGAUAUCACCUAGGAGGUAAAUGCCAACAUUGAUUGCUCUGCUUCCCUGUCUACGGGGAUGUGAGCAGGCAGCCUCGUGCUGUCACAGCCACCAUCCCUCCCAAUCCAUCGCAGGAAGUCCCAUACAUACACGGACAACAGGACUUCUCUGUCCAUGUUGUAGGAGAGGUGCCUGAGCUGAAGGAUGUCCAAAUAGUGGGUCCUCUAGGCCCAUUACAUCAUGGACCUGCUACAGCAAAGGGAAUGUGUGUUCUUUUGCUGAAGCCUCUGCUCCAAGAUGAUCCUGGGUAUCUGGAGCUUUACAAGAGCUUGGCCAUCAUCUGCCUAGAACCAGAUGGCAGUGGGCUGGCCUCUGGGUGUGUAAGGCCAUUCAGUCUGCAACAAGGCUUAUCGAGAACAGAGAUGAGUAGCCUGGUUGCUGCGGGGGAAGAAAACAGAAGCCCAGGGCGGGAGCAUCCUGGACACAUGGCAUGGCACCCUCAGAGCAAUGUCCCCCACAGUGGCACAUGCUGCGGUGUUAACACAGGUGAUACAUAGCUCAUUACAACACCGGAGGUUUGGAGAAAGGCACAGGUCCAGACAGACCUUCCUUACCAGCUGUGUUAAGUCCACUUCAAUGGAUUUAAACGUUCCUUUUCUUCUCACUUAUUCUAGGCUCAUUAAACUGACUUCAGGGCUAAAAGAUGAAACUCGUGCUCCAGAGAGGUGGCCCCUUGACCGAGGUGGGACAGAAAGGAAGUAGCGUCCUCUAGACAAGUGCCGCAUCUCCUUGGCAUUGCAUAGCCUCUUGUGAAACGACUUUGUGGCGGUUAAUCUUGUCGACCUGUCUAUGUUUACAGUCACCAAGGAGAUACACUCACUCUGUGAGGGGGUUUCCGGAAAGGCUUCACACUGAGAAGGGAAGACCCAACUGGAAAGUGGGGGGCACCAUCCCAUGGGCUGGGGACCUGGACUGGAUAAAGGAGGUGGGGGAAACCAGAUGGAGCAUGAGUAGUCAGUAAUCUGAUUUCCUACUUUGUAAGCAAGCAGCCUGUGUUGCUGGUCACAGCCGCCAGCCACUCCCAUCCUUACCCACCAUGGUGGUCAGUAUCACUUGAAUUUCGAGCUAGAAGAAAUCCUUUCUCCCUUAGGCUGCUUCUUCCAGGUGUUUGGUCAUUGAGAUGAAAAGAAGUAGUGAACGCAUCCAUCACAGAGUCCUCCUGAGUACAACCGUUCACAUUUCUACAGGUAUAAGAACAACUCUUCUGGCCUUGGGAACAGGGGUUGGAGAAGGGUUCAGAAUGCAAAUCUCCCAAACCAGUCUAGAAGUGGGCUGGCAAUUCCCCAUGUACUGGUGUGACUGGAUCUUCCCUACAGCAUCAGGUAGUGUUGACACCGGGCAAUUAACUUGCCCUUGCUCAGCAAGAUCAAGCACACAGGACAGACACACUGCAGGACAGCUCUCGGGGCUUAGAGGAGCCUUUUCCCAGGACACAGUCCCUCUUACCAACCAAUAACAUCCACUCUGCUGCAGAGCUACCUGCUUCUUCCUAGGCAGAAUCAGUACAAGGGACUUCCUCUAACUCCCACUUUAAGUCCCUUUAGGCCACGGAGCCCUUGGUUUUCAGCAAGAAUUCUUUAUAGUCUCAUAAAACAUCUGUAGGACUUCAAGAUGGUUCGUAAGCUCUUGGAGAGGAGCCAGCCUAGCUGGGCUGAAGCAGGAGGAUGGCAAGUUUGGGGUCAUCCUGGGCUAAUAGCUAGAUGCUUCCUGGAUGCUCUUCCAGAGGACCCGGGUUCAAUUCCCAGCACCCACAUGGCAGCUCACAACUGCCUGUAACUCCAGUUCCAGGAGAUCUGACACCCUCACACCAAUGCACAUAAAAUAAAGUUAAAAUAAAUUAAAGAAGAGGGGCUAGCCUUCAGGUUAGGACUGAGAAGGGCAAGAAAGAGGUUUGGUGGGGUCUCUGACAAAACUAUACAAGAAUCUAAGACAGGACAGGCUUGCUAGCUACAAGCAGCUCCAAACAGGGAGACAAGGCCUGUUCCCAAGAAGGACUUCAGCGGGAGCAUGGACAGGAUUCUUCAUGUCCAUUGACCCUGCCCAUUGCGUUCUUUU